UUCCCUUAUGUCUGUCCCUUCUCACCAUCCGUCCUAACGUCUUUCCGUCGCUUUCGUCGUCGCAGUCGUUAUGUUUACUAUGCGCCGGAAAAAGAACCCGUAAACGCUUUGGAAUCAUGGCGGCGGUGGAUAUUCGAGAUAAUCUGUUGGGAAUCUCUUGGGUUGACAGCUCCUGGAUCCCCAUUUUGAACAGUGGCAGUGUCUUGGAUUACUUUUCAGAAAGAAGCAAUCCUUUUUAUGAUAGGACAUGUAAUAAUGAAGUGGUCAAAAUGCAGAGACUGACACUGGAACACUUGAAUCAGAUGGUUGGUGUCGAAUACAUCCUUUUACAUGCUCAGGAGCCCAUUCUUUUUAUCAUUCGGAAGCAGCAGCGGCAGUCUCCUGCCCAAGUCAUCCCGCUAGCUGAUUACUACAUCAUCGCUGGAGUGAUCUAUCAGGCACCAGACUUAGGAUCAGUUAUAAACUCCAGAGUGCUUACUGCGGUGCAUGGCAUUCAGUCAGCUUUUGAUGAAGCUAUGUCGUACUGCCGGUAUCAUCCUUCCAAAGGGUAUUGGUGGCACUUCAGAGACCAUGAAGAACAAGAUAAAGCCAAACCUAAAGCCAAGAGGAAAGAAGAACCGAGCUCUAUUUUCCAGAGACAGCGUGUGGAUGCUCUACUCGUAGAUCUUAGACAAAAAUUUCCACCAAAAUUUGUACAGCAAAAGACUGGAGAAAAGCCUGUCCCAGUGGAUCAGACAAAGAAAGAGGCAGAACCUAUACCAGAAACUGUGAAAUCCGAGGAGAAGGAGACCACAAAGAACGUCCAGCAGACAGUGAGCACAAAAGGCCCUCCAGAGAAACGGAUGAGGCUUCAGUGAACAUGGGACAGAGAACAGCUUUCAGGACUCUUGUGCUUUAUUAUACCUCAGUACUGUGGCUGGCCCUUGAGCUUACAAAUACUUGGUCACAACUCUCUCAUUUGUAUGGAAUACACAUGUUCUCCCAUCAUUCA